CUAGCCCCGGGGGAGGGGGCGGCGCGCGGGGCUCCAGACCCCCUCCUGGACCCCCUGCCGUGCGCAGGGGCUGCGGCCUCCAUUCUUCCGCGAGCUGGCAGUGCCUGCUGGGACUCAAAGCCAGUGAUGCCCCCACGGGAUGCGGGCCUGGGGCAGAGCUAUAGGAGGGACCCCCCAGGGAUGCGAGAAGGGGGGCGCAGGGCCUCCUCUCUCUGCUGGAGCGUGGGCGUGCCCCCUCCCCCGCCGCAGAGCUGGCGAAGCUGGUUGGGAGUUGAUAGGUCAAUAAACUUAAUCCGGUUCCUUAAAGAGAUGGGCUGGGCAGUGAGAACACAAAGACCUGUGAAAUUGCGGAGUUCUUGGCUGGCACUUUCUUGAGAACAUAAACUGUGGAGCCAGAACUGUCUGCGGGUCAAGGACGGUGGGGACUGGGCGUCCUGUCAGCCACGGGGCUGCCCUGGCCACCUCAGGCCCCACCAAAGCAGCUUCAAGUCUCCACGUGGGGCACGUUCUUGGUGAGGGGUCUGGGCAGGGCGCCCCACCUGGAAGGGAGGUCAGUGGGAGCAGCAGGAGGCGACCCCCUGCAGCCUGACCCCACCCAGCCAGCAGGGGUCUUUGCUGCGAGCAGCCUCUCCCUGGAGGGCCCUGGCUGCAGCCUCUCCACCUCCUCCCCUUGCUCGGGCUGGACUUUGAGCCUCCAGGGCCUCUGGGUGGUUCAUUAACCUGGGCCGAGCCCCAGGCUGGACUUGUGGCCUCUGAGCCUCUGCACUGAGCCCACGAGUGCCCCCUCUCCCAGGGCCUCAGGUCCCACUUGGGGCCAGUUGAGGAAAGAAUGUUAUGAGUUUACUUGAGUCAAACUGUAAAUUACUGGGAAGCAAAAUCUCAACAGAUUGAGAAAAAGCUCCAGAGAAUGGCAGCUUUGCAGCUUAUACAUUAGAAUCGAAGGAGACAUAACUGGGGUUCGUAACAUCUGCUGGUGGUAGUCGGGGCGGGGGGGAGAACGCAAUGCGAGGAAGGCUCUGGGGCUGGAGACGAAGGAAAACAGAUGCGUGGUUUCGUGCGGGUGGCCAGCGGGGUUCACGUGCGCAGCACAGAGACGCUCUGCGGGGAACAGUGUGGUCUCGGGGCUCCGGUGCUUGUGGCGGUGCCUGGGAGGGGUCUGCAGAAGGGAGCGCUCUGACAUGUCGAAGGUGUGUUGUCUUAGAUGCACAAGACUAAAAUAGACAGUCUCGAGGUUAACGAUUGACGUUUGUCGGGGAAGCUCAGUCAGGUGACUACCCACCAGGACCUGCUCUUAGGUAGGGAUUUUUAGGUUCAGACCACCCUGUGCGGCUGCUUUGGUCCCUGGGUUUCUGGGGCCUCCCGUGGGGCCUCCCCUGAGCUCCUCAGGUUCAGUGUGUGUCACCUUUUCUGUCCAUAGGAGCAAUCUGGAGCCUGGGGCGCCCCAUUUUAUAGCUGAACCUAGAGAGGAAAGUAGAGUCUUCUUGAGGAGGUGGGGCCAGAGUCUGUCCAGGCAAGGGUUUGGGUGAGGGCCCCCCACUUCACCCCACCCCCACCCCACCGGCCACACAGAGGCCUGAGUGAUUUACAAGUGAAUGAGCUGUGAGUGGGGCCUCUUCUGGCCGGGAGGAAGGGGCCAGGCUACCAGCCCCUCGGUUUCCUCACCGGUCCAGGCAGACCGGUAAUGGGGGGGCUAAUGGAGGAUUAGGCCGGAUUAGCCUGUGAGCCCUCAUUAGCCCGCCCAGCCACGAUGCCCCCUUUUCUACUUUGUUAUGAAACUUGGAGGAACUUGGAGGUGGGAACCUUCCCAGAGACUUCGGGGUCCCUUUGGGGCACCUCCUCCCUGGGGCAGCACGUCGCAGACUCCGCAGAGCUGCGAGGAGCUUCCUGAACUACAGAACCAGAAGCUUCGUUCCUCACCCGACCCCGAAACCCACAGCCCUCGGGGCGCCAGCGCCAGCGGGAUGCUUGUUUCCUGGCCGUGUGGCUCCUGGUCAGGCACAGCCCCGUGUGGGGGUGAGUGCCGAGGUGGGCCAGGAGCUGUGGGACCCGCGGGGGUAUGUGCUGCCUGUGGCCACCCUCCCAUGGCAUGUGGGUGCCUGCUGUGGCACACAAGACUUUUGUCCUCUGUGGGUACCCAGUGCCUGUGUGGGUGUGGGCAGCCCCCCUUUGUUGAUCAAGAAAGACUCCUUCCUGGGGCCACUCUAGGGGUGGGGCUGCGGGCCCCGCCUCUCUCCAGGUAGAGCCAGACACUGGCUGUCUCAGUGCCCCUGCAUGCCAUCUCCAUGUCCCCUGCCUGACACCACCCAGUCAGCCGCUGCUGGUCUCUGCCCCCAUCUGGGAGUCCCUGGCCUUUGCAGGCACCUAGCGGGCCAGGCUGGCGGAUGGGGUGGGGGUCGGCCCCCUUCCCCCACCCUGGCAGAUGGCUGCCCGAGGAGGCUGGCCUGGGGGGCUGCUCUGUGUCCUCCCAGCCCCGUGCUGGACCAGGCUGAAGCGAAUGCUCAUGCACAUGGCUUGACCAGCCAUGCGGCUGCCCAGACCAAACCGGAACCAACUGCUGUUGCCCUUGGGCCAGGGCCGGGGCCUGAGGCUGCCAUGCUGCCUGCUCUCGGCCUUCUGGGGGGCCUCGGUCGGCUCCUGGUGCUGGGUGGUCCCCACAGGACGUGGUGGCCAGGAUGGGGCUGCAAGUCAGGCCAGGCGCCUCACACGGUGGGCUCCCCAGGGACGCAGACCCUAUGGACACUCCGGAGACCUUUCUGGUGGGCACGGGGCGUCUGGGGAUGCCUGAGGUGGGUGGGCGGAAUCGGGGAGCCAAGGACUGGCGUGGCCAGGGUGGGCAGCUGGGCCCUCGAAUCUAGGCCAUGCGUCGGCAGAAUGACAAGUAACGGUGAGGCUGACCCAGCCGUGUGGUGGGACCACCCACCCCUGUCCCGGGCCCUGAGCCCGGGCUGCCCGCCUGCACUGGGCAUUGUCUGGCCCUGGCAGGGAGGCCGGGGGUGGUGGUCAGCCCCACCGGCGGUGUGUCUACGGGUCUCAGGCCUUGUUCACCCCUUGGGAGCUGGGCAGCCAUUGGCAAGGCCAGGGGCCCAGGGGUGGAUGCACCCUCGGCAAGGACCCUCCACCCCAGGUGCACAGCGCCUGUAGGGCGAGAUGGGCCAGGCUCCUUCUCCGACAUCUUCCUCCCCUCGGCCUGUGUCCUCGUCCGUAACGUGGGGUCCUGGGCCUCCUGGCCCCAAAUGCAGAAUGGGUUUCGCAUGUCUGUGCGGCUGGGAAAAAUCAGAGGAAGAGCCGCGCUUCCUGACGCCUCGGGACGGCCUCCCGGUGCCUGUCGAUGAAGUCGCGGCCGCGGCGCGGAGCUGGGCCGGGCGGAGGCGCGGGCUCCGGGCGCAGACCCACCGCCCUCAGGGCCCCGAGGCCUCCUGCUGCAGCCCCCGCCAGCCUGUCUGUAAAGUGGGGUGCCACGGGCUCUCCCGAGGGUGUCGAACACCCAGUGUUCUCGGUUUGGGGACACCUGCCUCACGGUCACCCAUCUUGCCCGCAGAGGUCCCGGGACCUGAGCCGGGCCAGCAGGAGCAGCUGGUCUUCGGCAGUGGUGACACUGUGGAGCUGAGCUGCCACAGGCCCGCCGGCGGUCCCUCGGGGCCUACCGUCUGGGUUAAGGAUGGGGCAGGGCUGGCACCCUCCGACCGCAUCCUGGUGGGACCCCAGCGGCUGCAGGUGCUGAAUGCCUCCCACGAGGACGCCGGGGCCUACAGCUGCCAGCUGGGGCUCACCCGGCGUGUUCUGUGCCGCUUCAGCGUGCGUGUGACAGACGCCCCGUCCUCGGGAGAUGACGAAGACGGGGAGGACGAAGCGGAAGACACAGGGGCCCCUUACUGGACACGGCCCGAGCGGAUGGACAAGCAGCUGCUGGCCGUGCCGGCCGCCAACACCGUCCGCUUCCGCUGCCCGGCGGCCGGCAACCCCGCCCCAUCUAUCUCCUGGCUGAAGGACGGCAAGGAGUUCCGGCUCAGCCCCACUCUGUCCCCAGAGCGCUCCCCGCACCGGCCCAUCCUCCAGGCGGGGCUGCCGGCCAACCAGACGGCGGUGCUGGGCAGCGACGUGGAGUUCCACUGCAAGGUGUACAGCGACGCGCAGCCCCACAUCCAGUGGCUCAAGCACGUCGAGGUGAAUGGCAGCAAAGUCGGGCCCGACGGCACGCCCUACGUCACUGUGCUCAAGACGGCGGGCGCCAACACCACGGACAAGGAGCUAGAGGUUCUGUCCUUGCGCAAUGUCACCUUUGAGGACGCGGGGGAGUACACGUGUCUGGCGGGCAAUUCUAUCGGGUUUUCCCAUCACUCUGCGUGGCUGGUGGUGCUGCCAGCUGAGGAGGAGCUGGUGGCGGCCGGUGAGGCUGGCAGCGUGUACGCAGGCGUCCUCAGCUACGGGGUGGGCUUCCUGCUCUUCAUCCUGGUGGUGGCCGCCGUGACGCUCUGCCGCCUGCGGAGCCCCCCCAAGAAGGGCCUGGGCUCGCCCACCGUGCACAAGGUCUCCCGCUUCCCGCUCAAGCGACAGGUGUCCUUGGAGUCCAACUCGUCCAUGAACUCCAACACGCCGCUGGUGCGCAUCGCCAGGCUGUCCUCGGGGGAGGGCCCUGCGCUGGCCAACGUCUCGGAGCUGGAGCUGCCCGCCGACCCCAAGUGGGAGCUGCCCCGGGCCCGGCUGACCCUAGGCAAGCCUCUCGGGGAGGGCUGCUUCGGCCAGGUGGUCAUGGCAGAGGCCAUCGGCAUCGACAAGGACCGGGCCACUAAGCCCAUCACGGUGGCUGUGAAGAUGCUGAAAGACGACGCCACCGACAAAGACCUCUCGGACCUGGUGUCAGAGAUGGAGAUGAUGAAGAUGAUCGGGAAGCAUAAGCAUGUGCUUGCAGGGCCCCUGUAUGUGCUGGUGGAAUACGCGGCCAAGGGCAACCUGCGGGAGUACCUGCGGGCCCGGCGGCCCCCGGGCAUGGACUACUCCUUCGACACCUGUAAGCUGCCGGAGGAGCAGCUCACCUUCAAGGACCUGGUGUCCUGUGCCUACCAGGUGGCGCGGGGCAUGGAGUACCUGGCCUCGAAGAAGUGCAUCCACAGGGACCUGGCGGCCCGCAACGUACUGGUGACCGAGGACAACGUGAUGAAGAUCGCGGACUUUGGCCUGGCCCGUGACGUGCACAACCUUGAUUACUACAAAAAGACCACCAACGGGCGGCUGCCUGUGAAGUGGAUGGCACCCGAGGCCUUGUUUGACCGCGUCUACACCCACCAGAGCGACGUCUGGUCCUUCGGGGUCCUGCUGUGGGAGACCUUCACCCUGGGCGGCUCCCCGUAUCCCGGCAUCCCCGUGGAGGAGCUUUUCAAGCUGCUGAAGGAAGGCCACCGCAUGGACAAGCCAGCCAACUGCACUCACGACCUGUACAUGGUCAUGCGAGAGUGUUGGCACGCUGUGCCCUCGCAGAGGCCCACCUUCAAGCAGCUGGUGGAGGACCUGGACCGAAUCCUUACUGUGACAUCCACCGAUGAGUACCUGGAUCUGUCGGUGCCCUUUGAGCAGUACUCACCUGGCGGCCAGGACACCCCUAGCUCCAGCUCCUCGGGCGAUGACUCCGUGUUUGCCCACGACCUGCUGCCCCCUGCCCCCCCCAGCAGCGGGGGCCUGCAGACGUGAAGGGCCACCAGCCUGCAGGCUGAGCCCCCAGCAAUGUGAGCGUGGACCCCAGCCUACCGUGCUGCUGUGGGUGUGCUGUCGACCACUGGGGCCCAGGAGCCCAGGCCCGAGACCUGGCAUGGAUGGACAGAUGGACAGACGACGUUGCUUGUAGGUGUGCGUGUUUGUGUGCGUGCGUGCGUGCAUGUGUGUGUGUGUGUGUGUGUGUGUGUGUGUCUCGAGGCCCCCGGUGCAGGGGUCCCCGAGGUGCCCGCCCUGCUGUACAAUGACCUCCUGGCCACCUGUGCCAGCAGCACCAGGGGGACCAAAUAUAGAAUGUAAGGGGGCUGCUCCCGUGGGGCUCCUCGCCCAGGCUCCCUCGCUCCUCACUGCCACCCCACAGGGAGCAUUGGGGACAGGCUGGGCUCUGGUGUCCUCCGAGUGCCCCAGCCGAGCCUGCAGGGAAAGCCCCCUGUGGCGUGCCUCCCACCUGAGCAGCACCUUGCGCCUGGGGGUGAGUCUCACACAGCCCCCACCUCCAGGCCUUCCCCCUGCCCACCCUGUCCCUCAGAGACUGACAUUACGGGUACCUGAAGGCGGGAGCCUUUACCUUCUGUUUGAGAGGUUUAUUCCAGAGAUGAGUGUACAUUUAUAUAAAUAGAUGCUGUGUACGACACACACACAUAUAUAGAAAUAUCUAUGCGGGGGGGAAAAAAGGCUGGGGCAGC